AUGCGGAAGUGGAGAAUAUGUUGGAGACGUAUCAAGAAGGCACAUGAGGAGGCUGCUGAACAGGCCGCCAAGCAUGACGCCCAACUAAGGGAGCACCGUGUCUUGCUCGAUGCUCACGAAGAGGACCUUGCCGCUCGCGAGGAGGCACUUGCCGCCAAGCUCCGCGGCAAGGAUGAAGAAGUGGAAAAACUUGUCGCGCAGCAGACCCAAGAGCUGGAGCAAGAGCAUAAGAAAACACUUGACGCUCUGGUCUUGGAUCAUGUCGGCAAGUUGAAGGAAGCCAUCAAUGGUGCCGAAGCUGCAGAGGCCGCCAAGAACGAGCUGGCCGGGAAGGUGGAGAAGCUGGAGGUGGAUCUGGAGAAGCACAGCAAGGAGGUAUCGACGCUCAAGAGUGACAGAGACAAAACUGCCUACACCUUGGCGGAGUUGCAGGUCACCAUAUCUGACAAGACCAAGCAGCUCUCCGCAGCCAACGACUCCAUUGCCGAUCUGAAGCUGAAGCUGACGACAUUGGAGGAAUCCCUUGAGGGUAGCAGGGCUCGUGAGAAGACCCUGGCCAAGGACCUCCAGGAUGAGAAGAAACUGCUUGAGAGUGCCGCUGCCACCUACUGA